AAAAACGUGGUUCGCGCCGCUGUGAGCGAAUGUUUAACGAAGCUGCAUGAGAAACAACUGGAUGCUGGAGGACUGCUGGAUUUUGGGGGGUCGGUCUAUAUAAAUUAAGACUUAAAAAAAAAAAAAACGUCGUGCCAGUUCUUCGAGAUUCAACAGCCAGAGGAUUAAAAAGCCACACCGGUCGACAUACUAUUUGUUUUUCCGUUUCGUUUCAUAACUGUACGGUUGAGUCAGCAUGGCAUUGAGAGGACCACUGUCUAGACUACUGAGAUCCACGCUGAGCUCCUGCCAGCAGAACCGAUCGCAUUCUGUUGCCAUUUUGGGAGCUCCGUUUUCAAAAGGACAGAAAAGGAGAGGGGUGGAGCAUGGACCCAAAGCCAUCAGGGAUGCGGGUUUGGUGGAGAGACUUUCAAAUCUUGACUACCCUGUGCAUGAUUUUGGAGACCUGACCUUCAAGCAUCUGGAAAAAGAUGAGCACUUUAUGCACGUGCCGUUCCCACGCACAGUUGGACGUGCCAAUAAGCUGCUGUCGGGGGCUGUGAGCGGCGCAGUGGGGGCGGGACAUACCUGCAUCAUGCUGGGGGGAGACCACAGCCUAGCGAUUGGUUCAGUGGAAGGCCACGCUCAGCAGUGCCCUGAUCUUUGUCUGAUUUGGGUGGACGCUCAUGCGGAUAUCAACACUCCUCUGACUUCACCUUCUGGAAACCUCCAUGGCCAGUCUGUAGCAUUCUUACUUAAGGACCUGCAGAACAAGAUGCCAGAGGUUCCUGGAUUUUCCUGGAUGAAGCCUUUCCUGUCUGCCAGAGAUCUGGUCUACAUCGGCCUCAGAGAUGUGGAUCCAGGCGAGCAUAUAAUCCUGAAGACCCUGGGAAUUCAGUACUUCUCCAUGCGGGAUAUUGACAGAAUGGGCAUUCAGAGAGUAAUGGAGGUCACUUUGGAUCACCUCUUGGCAAGGAAACAAAGGCCGAUCCACUUGAGCUUUGACAUUGAUGCAUUUGACCCAUCCUUGGCUCCCGCCACUGGAACUCCUGUUAAUGGAGGACUGACAUAUAGAGAGGGCAUCUAUGUAACAGAAGAGAUCCACAACACAGGUUUACUCUCUGUGAUGGACGUGGUUGAAGUGAACCCCACACUAGGAGCCACGCCUGAGGCUGUGGAGGCCACAACCAGCCUAGCCGUUGACGUCAUCGCAUCUGCUCUCGGUCAGACACGUGAAGGUGCACACGUUGCCUUCCCGAAGAUUCCAGAACCAAAAGAGGACACUGAGCUGCGGUUGUAAAACACCAGCUAAUCAAGGACUUUGACAAAUGAACCACUUUGCAUUCCAAAGUCUAAAAGAACAACACUGAAGGAUUUGCAGAGACUGAGCACCAGACUAAAGAUUUAAUUUAAAGGUUACUGUAGUCUUGGUCAGAAAAAAUUGAUACCUCACUGGUAAAGUGCUGCUUGAAGCACAUCGGUGAGGUUUAUUAUAUACAGUACCUGCCACUAAUUUUAGCUUGGCUAAAAAAAAGACAGCUGACAUCUGAAUUCUCUGUAUUUGAGGACUAUUAUGCCUGAAAAUUAAAUGUUUUUAAUGUUUGUCAGCUGUCAUGGGAUUAAUGGGUAACCUCUGAUCACACUCUGGGACUUGCUGCAGGAAAAACUGUCAUAAAAGAAAAUGUGCAUAACACAUUUUUGAAGGCUGAGGUGACUCUCUACUGUGGUGGACUGAUUGAUUUUACUUUCAUUGAAACAUGUUUGCACUUUUGGACCAGAACUAGUUUUUGUUGUAUUUCUACGUUUGUUCGUUUCUUUGUUUUGUAUAGUAGACUGCUUUUAAUGGCUAAUCUAUUCCCACUGGUUUGGUUAGGUUGAGACUGAGUGAUCCUUUUUUAAAUAGUGGAUUUGAAAUAAGUUAUUUUAGUAAUUUUCAUAUGUAUUUAAUUAAACCUUUGAAAAAUCAUGUAUGAAUGCAUUUCGUACAACUUUUCAGAUCUGAAUUCACCAUCAGUACCAGUAUCUUCUUCAGGAAGGAGGGUUGAUUUGUUUCAUUUCUCUGUUUCAGUAAAAAUAUUUUGUUGCAAUAAACUAAUGUACUGGAGACAGAA